GCGACCCACAGGUUGAGAACCGCUGCUUUAGGCUAUGGUAGGGAUUUUGCUUUUCUCGGUGCUUUCGUAGGGUUUUGAGGAAAGUAGUGACAUGGUGUAAAUUACUUUUUAAAAGAAUCACUGACCACUAUGGAGAACAGGCUCUCACAGAGCCUUUGUGGGUAACCCUGGUGAUAGAGGAGGUGGCCUGAAUCUGUGGUAGCAGAGGAAAUGGUGAGCUAUGGAACUUGAUGUCCUGACAUCAUGCAUAUGGGCCUGAGGGAAAGGGAAGAGUCGAGAAUGACCAGAAGCUUUAGUUCUUAGCAACUAGAAGGGUGGAGUUAUCACUGACUGAGGUGGGGAAGGCUGCAGAUGAAGCAGAUUUGGGACUGGGGAUAUGUCAGGAGUUUGUUUUUGGACCCGUUGUUUCCGGUGCCUGUUACACACUUACACACUGAACUGGAGAUACGGAAUAGGCAAUUGGAUAUUGUGUCGGGGGUCCCCAAGGCCACCUCCAGGUUCAUUGAUUCACUGGGAAGACUCAAUAGAACUCAGCUGUGGGUCACAGCAAAAGCAUACAAAGCACAGCCAGCAAUGGAGAGGAUGCAUGAGACAGACUGGAGGAAGCCAGGGUCAGUCUUCCAAGCCAAGAGUCCUCUCCCAGUGCAGUCACAUUGGACGUGCGUAAUUCUCCCAGCAACACAUUGUGACAACAUGGGAAAUGUCUAUCAGGAAAGCUCAUUAGAGAGUCAGGGCCCCAGGUGUUUAUUAGGAUUUAGUCACAUAGGCACCCUCUAUCGAGAAUGAACCAAAAUUCCAGACUCGCAGAAGGAAAGCAGGUAUUCAGCAUAAAUCAAGUAGUUUGUACAGACAGAUUAGGCCCAGUGAGCCACUCCUGUCCGUUCUGUGAAUGGUGAGAACCCUCCUGAAAUCCAAGUUCCCGGACACCAGCCAAGGGCCACCUUGCAAGCGGGCUUUCUAAGGAUAGCAGUCUCGGGCCUACUAUAGUAACUGUUCUGCACAGACAUACAAGUCUGGAAUUUGGAAGAAAGGUCUGGAAUGGUGAUACAGAUAUAGGGAGUCAUUGGCAUUUACUAGUAGGUGGUACUUAAAGCCAUGGAAAUGCCUGGUGUCUUGAUAAACAUUUGCCAAAACUGAUCGAGCUGGAUGAUGUGAAUGUAGAAGAGAGAAAAAUCAAAAGCUGAGCCCUAGCGCCCUCCAACAUUAAGAUGUCAGGGAGAAGAGAAGGAAGCAUCAAAGAAGUGUCGAAAAGCAGCAGCCAGUGAGGUAGGAGCUCCAUUUCCGGCCACUUUUGCCAUCAGAACUCUCCUCAGGCAUCCCUGCUCUGGCUCCAACCUGUGCAAGAACAGCCUCCUCGACCUCAGCUUUCACUUAAUGUUCUCUGACACCCACAUUCCACUUCAGUGGCAGCUUCUUGACAGGACUGUGUUUUAUGUAGCCCUCGCUGGCCACUUGGCAUAUGAGUGGAUGUAGUAAUAGGUUGUAUGCACCAUGGCUAUGACUAGUGUCAGAUUGCCCACCAGUAUUUUAAGAAAGCCAGAUGCCUGGAUUGGACUCUGGGGAGCGCUACGAGGGACACCUUCACACAAACUCUGUGCUUCCUGGAAUCGGUACUUCUAUUUUUCUAGUACCAAAUUAAAUGCACCAAGUUAUAAAACACUUUUCCAUAACAUUUUCUCACUGAGACUCCCAGGACUUUUAAUAGCUCCAGAAUAUAUUUUCCCGUUUUCUAUAAGACUCAAAAGUAAUAUAAGCUCUAAAAAGUCCACUAAAAAGACUCUGCAGAAAGUUGAAGCUGAAGAGGACUCUGAUGAAGAGAGUGAUCAUGAAGUGAGUGAGCAAGAAGAGGAGCUGGAGGAUGACCCCAGUGUCGUCAAAGACUAUAAAGACCUGGAGAAAGUAGUGCAGUCCUUUCGGUAUGAUGUUAUCCUAAAGACAGGCCUAGAUAUUGGCAGAAACAAAGUGGAAGAUGCAUUCUACAAAGGUGAACUCAGGCUGAACGGGGAAAAAUUGUGGAAGAAAAGCAGAACGGUGAAAGUGGGAGAUACGUUGGAUGUUCUAAUUGGAGAAGAUAAGGAAACAGAAACAGAGGUAGUGAUGCGGAUUCUCCUGAAAAAAGUGUUUGAAGAGAAGACUGAAAGUGAAAAAUACAGAGUGGUCUUACGACGGUGGAAAAAGUUAAAAUUGCCUAAAAAGAGUGUGACGAAAUAAAUGGAUUGCUUUUUAACAAUAAA